GAGAUAAGAAAAUUUGAAAUUACUGUGUACCCCAAUAACUAAUAUUUCAUACAAAUUUAAUUAAAUGAUUGAACAAUUUACGACAUUGUUAAGUGAGCUGAUUUAUUUAUUUGAUCGUGAACGCAUUGCAAUUGGCAUUUACUUAAAACAAUCAAUUGACAAUGAGUGAAUUUAAACUACAUCAUUUGAUAGUGCAGUUGAUGGAAUUGUUAGGUUCGGAAUCUGCACCAGAAAGACACUUGGAGAAGCUACAAAAGGAAAGCUCGAAUACAAACACGUUGAACACCAUUGCUCCUCACAGCUGCAUCCAACAUCUUGCAAAAAAUUCAUCCCAGCCAGAAUUGUUCCUACAAAAGUACGAGGAACUCAAGUCAAAGAAAGUAGACUUAUUAGGUCCGUUUGUUCAGACUCUGGAGUUGAUAUCCCAAGAUGAAGAACUAAAGAAGUAUCUCGUGAAAUCAACAUUAGCAGUGAAGGCUGGUACUUUAAAAGCUCCAACCAUUACGCAAGAGGAUUUGCCAAAGAUCUGCACUGUAAUUAAAGCUGCCGUGGAGGGAGGAAAGAAAUUAAAUCAGCAAGUAUGUGCAGUUGGCAAAAGGAGUGAUGCACUAACGAAGCAUAAUUGGGUAAUGGAGCGUCCACGUAUAACCUGGGACUUUCACAGCGAUAUGGCUGUGACGCUUUAUCAAAAGGUGGUACCUGUUGCUUCUCAAGAAUCAAUACUUCUAUGGGAUAUUUUGUAUUGCUUAAAAGGGAUAGAUGGUUCUUAUAUUGUCUCGGAACCUCUAACGACUCCUUAUGGCGUUAAAACUUUCAGCAUAUCACCAGAUGUUGGUAUAUCAUUUAAGCAACUCGCACAGCAAAUAUUACCUUUAGCCUCCUAUUAUUCCAUGACUGUGCGAUUCGUUGAGGAGAAAAUCUCCCCAGACGAUGGACAAGUGAAUCAUGCCCUGCGGGGAGCUAUACGAUCUCUGCUGAAGGAUUAUCUGCUCUUCGUCGUGCAACUAGAAACGGAGCACGUUCACGGUAAAUUAAGCUUGCAGAAACUGUGGUUUUACAUCCAGCCUACCAUGCUUACCAUGUCUAUGCUUUCUCAGAUUACAUCCACGAUAUGCAAAGCGAACGCCAGGGGCGGCAAGGUGCUGAGUCUCCUUCACGAGCAAACGAUGAACAACGUCAGCGGUGAAGCCAAGUCCAAGGAACUGUGUCUGUACCUGAUACAAGCGGCGAGCAUGCCGUACAUGCAAAUCUUGGAGAAAUGGGUUUACAAAGGAGUGAUAUGCGAUCCGUAUCAGGAAUUCUUUGUAGAAGAUAACGAACUAGUUCAGAAGGAGGAGCUCCCCGUGGAUUAUUCUGCGGACUACUGGGAGAAGCGGUAUACCAUGCGACCGGAAAGGAUACCUGUAUUUCUGAGCGAACACGCGCAAACCAUACUCAGGACAGGAAAAUAUUUCAAUGUGAUUAGACAGUGCGGUAAAACGGUGCAGUGGGGAAAGCAAGAGCCUUUGAGUUACCAGUAUCAGGGACAGAAAUACAUCGCUGCCAUCGAUAGAGCAUAUUCGGAAGCUGCUAGAAAGCUGUUAGAGGUGCUGAUGAAAGAAAAUGACUUAAUGGGCAGGCUACGUAGCGUGAAAAGUUACUUUCUUCUUGCCCAGGGCGAUUUUGUGGUUCAAUUCAUGAAUCUGUGUGAGGCCGAGUUAAACAAGAGUAUGUAUGAUGUAGUUCUACAUCGUUUGGCGUCUCUCCUCGAGGUUGCUCUGCGAAUGUCCACUGCGGACUCGGAUCCCUAUAAGGACGAUCUUAAACCCGAAUUGCUCCCGUACGAUCUGCAAUAUCAAAUGUUUAGAAUACUCUCUAUCCAAACCAGAGACGAGAAAGAAUACUGUCUCCAGGCAGGCAAAACGUUGACUGGUUUGGAAGCUUUCGUCUUUAAUUACGACGUCAAGUGGCCGGUUUCUCUAAUCAUCAACAGAAAGGCAAUAGCUUGUUACCAAAUGCUAUUCAGACAACUGUUUUAUUGCAAACACGUGGAGAGACAGUUGUGCAGAGUGUGGGUGAGCAAUAAAAUAGCGAAAACUUUUACGCACGAGGUCGCCAUGGCUUACAGGCAGGCAUUCUCGUUGCGGCAGAGAAUGCUCGAUUGCAUACAACAUUUGGAAUACUACAUGAUGGUGGAAGUAGUCGAGCCAAACUGGGUGAAAUUUAUAAAUAAAAUGAGCAAGGUCAGUAACGUUGACGACGUACUCAGCGUGCACCAAGACUUGCAAGACUGUUACUUGAAGGAGUGCAUGUUAACGGAUCCCGAUCUCCUCAGCCGCAUCACGGGCAUAUGCGCCAUUUGCAUAGAAUUCUGCAAUUUCAUACAGCGUAUGAGCCGCUACUACAUUGAUGCCGAAUUGACAUCCAUGAUCGGUGCCUGUCAGGAGGAUGUCUGUGAAUAUGAGAUUGAGAAUAAUUCUACAGCGAAAGAUGGGACAGGAAGCUUCGAGGAAACGAUUGUAUCGUUGGAUGAGAAAUUUACUAAAGUAUUGACACAACUUCUAGAUCGAAUUUGUAAUUUAGGUUGUGACAAUAACAAUGAAAAACUGCUUAAUGUAUUAUGUCGGCUUGACUUCAACAUGUUUUACACUGACAUACUAGUACGUCGAGGGAGAGAGAAGACCGUCGCACAGCAGGACGUAUCUGGCUAGUAAUACAUCAUCUCGUCUGCGCUGAUUCAUCCACAAAAAAUGUAUAGAUCUGCGAUAAUAAUUUAAUUAUAAAUCUUGAAAAGAUUUUUACCUUAUUUACACUCACAUGAUGAAAAGAAUUAUAUUAUAAAUUUCAAAAACUACAUAUCUUUUUUAUCAUCGUGAAUUAUAUUUAUUAAGUAUGAUCACAGUUAUUAAAAAAAUCGCUGAUAGUUAUGAAACUAACGGUAAAAAAAAACAGCUUUAAAUGCGUUUACACAUUUGUCGUACAUUAGAAAUCGAUAUGCAGCGAUAUAUAUACAAUAUAUGUACAUGCUUGAUUGCUUGUACAUCGUGUAAUACGUAGGUAUAAGUUAUGUUGAUUAGGAUUAUUGUAUCGAGUUUAAUGGCACAUUUACACGCAUUUACUUAAUUAACCCUACACUUAGAAUAAUAAAAUGUAACAUAUAUUUAGCACAAAUACCACAUAUUGUUCAACAUUGGUUUACUUUAUAAAAUUAAAUUUCAUACAAUAGA